AUGGAGUCCGAAAAAACAUUAUCUCGACAAUCAAGUCUAGCUGACACAGUUUCACUACCUCUGUGUAAUAGAAAAUUACCGAGUGUCUACGAUGAGAAAGACUUUCCUCCCAUGGAUGGCGGUUUCCAUGCAUGGAUGUUUUUAGCAGCUUGUACCAUGUUCGAUGCGUUAGUUUGGGGUUUUGCCUUUUCUUUCGGUGUUUUCCAAAACUAUUAUAGACACGAUGAUCGGUUUGAAGGAUCGCCCAUGAUCGCCGUCAUAGGAACUUGCGCUGCGGGUGUCGCAUAUCUGAGCUGUCCUAUAGCUAUUGUUGCAAUGAUACUCAUUCCCAGCAUGUCCAGGUGGUUUUCGACAAUUGGAUUGAGCAUAAUGUGCUUCUCUUUAGCGAUGGCAUCCUUCUCGUCAAAUGUUACACAUCUUGUGCUCUCGCAGGGCAUUGGCUUUGGUAUUGGUGGCUGUAUUGCAUAUAGUCCGUCCAUCUUAUUCAUGCCUGAAUGGUUUGAUAGACGUCGUGGGCUUGCAUUCGGUGUGGUGUGGGCUGGGUCCGGAUUAUCGGGAAUUGUCUUUCCAAUUGUGUUGGGGAAGCUUCUGCAUCACCUGGGAUUUCGAACAACAUUGAGAAUUUGUUCUGUUUUAUUGUUUGUGAUGGCCGCUCCAUUCUUAUACUAUCACAAAGCUCGGCUGCCAAGAUCAAGUAAGGUCGAUCACAAUAGGCUGAAUACUCAGUUCAUAUUCAGCCGGGUCUUUGUUACCUAUAAUCUCGGGAACAUUCUCGAAGCACUUGGAUUCUUUCUCCCAGGAAUUUAUCUCCCAUCUUUUGCGCACCGCAUUGGCGCGACAGAGCUCGUGGCCUCACUCACGGUCACAGUCCUAAAUUUGGCAUCGGUUUUUGGCAGUGUUGCUUUGGGAUUCUUGACCGAUCGCUUUCAUGUACUGACCUGCAUUGCAAUAUCUACUGUCGGUACUGUGAUCUCGGUCUUCCUUCUCUGGGGAUUUUCAACCACAGUUCCUGUUCUGUUGGUAUUCUGUGUCGCAUAUGGACUCUUUGCGGGUAGUUAUUCAGCAACGUGGUCUGGGAUGAUACGCGAGGUUCAGAAGGUUGAUUCAGCUGCAGAUCCGACUAUCAUCUUUUCUCUCAUUGCGUUUGGACGGGGAAUUGGAAAUGUUGUCAGUGGGCCUUUUAGUGAGUUCUUGCUGAGGAAGGACAGCAGGAAUGAACAUAUGCUUGGGGCUUAUGGCAGUGGUUUUGGGUUAGUUAUUGGAUGUACAGGUUUGACUGCAUUUCUGGGUGGAUUGUGUUUAGUGGCCCGGUUGUUCAAGUACAUAUAG